CGAAGAAAGCAGUAAGCACCUCUCAGUCCGCGUUCAUCCACCGAGCGGAGCGCACGUCAUGGACAAUUGACACAAUGUCGUUUCGUAGACUCCUCACCGCGAUGCGAUCCGCCCGGGACGCCAUACACCGCGGCGCCCCGAUGGCAGAUGGAGUCCUAAAGUCCUUAUUGAGUGUUGUGGUGAUCUGUUGCAUUGCUGUGUCCUCCCCGCAGGCGGCGUCUGCGAAGCCCUUCACCUUCAGCUUACCGGCGAGCUGGUCUCUUGCAGGUCUCGUCGGCAGCGUCGGCGCGAGAUCCGACAAUGCAAUCAGCAAGGACCCCGGAGUGAAACCGUACUCGGGAAGACGGGUCGCCAACGACACCCUGAGGAUGAUAUACUUCCAUGACCAGACUGUCGCGGUGGUGGAACUGGGAGAGGAUAAAUUGCUGCUGAACUGCGAGCUCAUUGAGACUUAUGACGAAGACGACACAGGCCGUCUGCUCCGACACCUCAGCAGAAUCAACCGACCGCUCGGCAUCACUUUUCUGCAGAUGAUCAAGCUGAUGGGCCAGUGCCAGCAGGUCACGACACGACUGUACGAUCAGUUGGAAGGCCUAGAAACAGGCGCGGAAAGUAAUCGCGAGAUCUGGCACGAGGAGCCCGACGCGGAGGCUCGGCUGCGGGCGGGGGGCGCGCACGCGGGGCUUUUUGGCGGCAGCCCCUUGUCUUUGUUGCAGGGAAUCAUACCUGGCACAAAAUGGUGUGGCACGGGCGACAUAGCGAGCGACUACCACGACCUGGGCGCGGACCGGGCGCUGGACCGCUGCUGCCGCACGCACGACCUGUGCCCGACCAAAGUGCGCGCUUUCUCCCGCCGAUACAACCUCACCAACAACUCGCUGUACAGCAAGUCGCACUGCAAAUGUGACGACAUGCUCUUCGACUGCCUCAAAACCACCAACACGUCCGCCUCGCACCUCAUGGGACACAUCUACUUCAAUUUAGUCCAAGUGCCCUGUCUCGAAGACAGGCCCAACGGCCGACGGUUUCGGAACGCCAGACCCGGCUUCUAGCGACAUCUAGCGAAUAAGUUCGAAUUGUACUAGCGCCAUCUAGCGGUUCGUUUGCACAGAUUUAAUGUUACGCGGUAAAUUGCAUUUAAUGUGAUGGUCAUCGUGAGUUGUAAAUAAUUUAGUACCUAAAUAUCGUUAUGUAUUAUACUUUUAUUGUAACUAAUUAUUUAGAUAUUAAACCUGUGAUAUGUCUGUGCCUUGUAAUGUUCUACGUAAUUUAGGGAUGGCGCUGUUAAAAUAUUAAAUAAUUUAGUCACUUUAUUACAUUUUAAGGUUUAUUUAUUUUGUUUAUAUUAUGAAACAUCGUUCGUCCGAUAUAAAAUAAAAUAACAUUCCAAAACAUUAAUUGUAUU